CACACACACACUUAACAACAUUAAAUUUAUCAAAAAUACGAAAAACUUAGUCACAAGAAUCACAAGUCUCACAUGUAAGCUAGCUAAUAGAAGAGCACCUCUGGCUUCCUCUCCAUUUUUUUUUUCAACUUCUCUUCCAUAAGCAAUAUUAAAGAUUUGCCUUUUAAUUUUUCCCAUUAAGAUUCGAGCUGCCAAGUGCCAAACCUGCAAAAGUAUAAAUCUCAAUUUGCUAAAACCCCUUUCUUCUCCUUCUUAAUAGCCAAUUUCAUUUGCUCCAUGCUUCCUCUUCACACCUUUCUUCUUCUUCACCUCUUCCAAAAUCAUGAAGCUUUCUCAUGUAUUCUUAUAUGUCCUCCUUGUCCUUAGCUUUUCAAUCAUCUUAUUAUGUUACCAUGAGUUUUAUAAUAGCUUCAACGAAAUCAAUGAGUUGGACAAUAUUACAAGAAGAAGAUCAUCGUCUUCAUCAUCUUCAUCAACUCCUCGCCAUCUACAUCAAGCUGGUUUACUCCACAGGAAGGCAUUGGCAAGCAACAAAUUUGAUUUCGCCCCAUUUCUUAAAAACCACCGUCAUCGCAAGCGGAAGCAUCCGGUGCCGGCCGCCGGAGGGAACGAGAUCGAUCCUAGGUACGGUGUCGAAAAGCGCCUUGUUCCGACUGGUCCAAACCCUUUGCACCAUUGAUUAGAGGUUCAUUUUUUCAGAAGCAUUAUUUGUUUCAUGAAGAUUAGUUUAGGUUUUUCAUAUUCAUCGUUAUAGAACUAUAGGGUUUGAAGAUGUAAAUGUACGAGAGAAUAUAGAGUUUUAUUUUAUUUUUUAUUAUUAUUAUUACUAUUGACUUAUAUAUAUUAUAAUAGACUAAUACUAAUAAAGUGCUUUAUAAUGGAA